CAUUUCAAAUCGAGAGCCAAAAGCUUUCGAGUCUCCGAGAAGCUUCUUCUUCCCGCCACUUUCCGUACAGUUUCCGAUUCUCCGGACGGAGCCGUGGAGUUUCCGAUCAAUGGCUCCCAAAUCCGAAAACCCAGAAGCAAUCGUCCUCAACUACUUGAACGAGCAAAAUAGGCCGCUGAAUUCUCAAAAUGUGGCGGAUGCGUUGCAGAAGUUCAACCUCAAGAAGGCGGCCAUACAAAAGGCGCUGGACACUCUUGCGGAUAAUGGCAAGAUUUCGUUCAAGGAGUAUGGCAAGCAGAAGAUCUACCUGGCUCGGCAGGACCAGUUCGACAUUCCAAACGGCGAGGAGCUUACCCGAAUGAAGCAAGAGAAUGAGAAACUGCAGGAACAGCUGGGUGAACAAAAGAGAGCAAUUAGCGAGGUUGAGGGAGAAAUUAAAACUUUGCAGUCACAUUUGACUCUGGAGCAAAUAAGGGAGAAGGAAGCAAAACUGAGAAAGGAGGUCAAUGAAAUGGAGGACAGACUGGAAAAAUUGCGCGGAGGAGUUACGUUGGUCAAGCCAGAAGACCGCAAGGCGGUUGAGCAAAUGGUCUCUGAGAAAGCCAGUCAGUGGAGAAAGCGUCGAAGGAUGUUCAGAGAUCUGUGGGAUGCUAUUACUGAGAACUCACCGAAAGAUGUUAAGGAAUUUAAGGAGGAGCUCGGGAUCGAAUAUGAUGAAGAUGUUGGUGUGAGCUUGCAGUCAUUUAGCGAUCUGCGCAGUAACAAGAGGCCUAGACUCCGUUGAGUUUUCCAGAUGAUGUCGGGCAUUAGUCAAAUGUUCCGAAAUUAGUUUCAAACGUAUGUAUAUUCUGCACGCUCCGGAGAUUAAAACUUAGGCUUAUGUAUCCGUUGAUUAGUUUAUAGCUCCAUGGCAUUUCGACACAAUUUAUGUAUGUGUAUUCUGCAUGCCCUGGAAAUUCUACUACGGGGCCUCGGUGUAUCAAACAAAUUUCAAUAGAUAGAACUGGAAGUA